CUCAAGGCACAUCAGGUGACAGAGCAUGGUGGGGAAGCCCGGAUCCUCCUGUGCAUGAUGGGCUUUGGCAUCCAGCUGGCGUUAUUGAUGUGGAAGAACUUCACCUAUCGGCGCAGACAGACGUUACAGCUGAUCAUUGAAGUCCUUUGGCCUCUUUUCCUGUUUCUCAUCCUCAUUUCGGUGCGUCGGUCUCAUCCGCCGUUUGAACAGCACGAAUGUCACUUCCCAAACAAGGCGCUACCCUCUGCCGGGACGCUGUCGUGGAUACAGGGCAUCCUCUGCAAUGUGAACAACCCCUGCUUCCGGUACCCAACGGCUGGAGAGACACCAGGCUUAGUGGGAAAUUUCAACCAUUCCAUCCUCUCCCGCCUCUUCGCUGAUGCCCAGAAGGUGCUCCACCACUUGAACCACCAGCCGAUGCAGAACAGUUUUUCCCAGCUCCUGUCUGUCUUGCCUCAGCUUGGCCGCAACAGAAGUUCAUGGCCAGCCAUGCAGCUCAGGACCUACCUGAAAGAAAAUGAGACUUUCUCCCAGUUUCUCCUGACAAACGCCUCCGUCCCGCCUGCUUUGGUGGAUGAACUCCUGGGGUCACAGCUCAGCCUGCGGGUGUUCUCGCUCGCCGGCCUGCCCUUGAAGCAAAUGGUUUGCAACGGUUCCGUUCUGUCCGACGUGCUGGUGGUGAAAGACGCCGGGGCCGCUGAGGAGCUGCAGCGGGACCUCUGCGCCUUGUCCGACGGGACCCUCCGGGCCAUGGAACGCAGCUUCUUCUCCCAAGUGGAUUGGGUCAGAAUCCUUGCAGAACGCUUGAGCUCUAGUUCAGCCAAUCUUCCAAACACUGUGGAAUCUCUCCGUGUUUUCCUUCAAGGGGCUGAAUCAUUAGCCAAGGAGAUCUCCUCCAUGAGCAGCUUUGUGGACUUCCGUGAAGCACUGCAGGUCCUCUCUGGGAGUGGCCCCUCCUCUUCCCCUCAGCAGGUGUUCGAAACAGUAUCCCGUAUUGUCUGUGGCCAUCCGGAAAGGGGAGGACUCAAGAUCCCCUCCUUAAAUUGGUACGAAGACCAUGAUAUCAAGACCUUCCUCAGUCACAAUGCUUCUGAGGAGAAAGCCGUCUCCUUGGACAACACCACAACUCCCUACUGCAAAGAUUUGAUCAGGACUUUAGAAGCCAAUCCACUUUCACGUAUCUUAUGGAAGGGCAUCAAACCCCUUUUUGUUGGAAAAAUCUUAUACACCCCACCUACACCAGCCACGGAGAAGGUGAUGGCAGAGCUCAACCAGACCUUCCGGAACCUUGCCGUGUUGCAUGAAAUGAGGGGAGCUUGGAAAGAACUGGGACCACAGAUCUACACUUUCAUGAACACAAGCCCAGAAGUGGGAGCUAUUCAGAAUCUGCUGGAAACCCCUGGUGUGGCACAGUUUCUGGAGCAGCACUUCCAUGGAACCUUCUGGAAUGUGUCAACUUUGAGGGAAUUCUUGUCAUCGGAGGCGGAAGGCCGGGCCUACACCUGGCGUGAAGCCUAUGCCGAAGUGGACAGCACUAUCGGCACUUUGUCGCAGUUCAUUGAGUGUGUUUCCUUGAACAAGAUCGAGCCGGUGGCCUCGGAAGAGCAACUCGUCUUGAGAGCCAUGCAGUUGCUGGAGGGUCGCCAGUUCUGGGCCGGAGUUGUCUUCCUGCCACCAGACAACCAGAGUGCGCUGGGCGCAGACCUGCCUUCCCACGUCCGCUUCAAAAUCCGCAUGGACAUAGACGAUGUCACCCGCACCAACAAGAUCAAGGACAGGUUUUGGGAUCCGGGACCAGCCGCUGACCCCUUUGAUGACUUGCGCUACGUCUGGGGCGGUUUUGUCUACUUGCAGGACUUGGUGGAGCAGGCCGUGGCGCGGGUUCUCACGGGGACGCCGGGGAUGCACCGUCACACGGGGCUCUACGUACAACAGAUGCCGUAUCCCUGCUACGUGGAUGACAUCUUCCUGCGGGUCUUAAACCGCUCGUUGCCUCUCUUCAUGACGUUGGCUUGGAUCUACUCCGUGGCGAUGAUCAUCAAAGGGGUGGUCCACGAGAAGGAGGCCCGCCUGAAGGAGACAAUGAAGAUUAUGGGACUGAGCAGUGCGACCCUCUGGCUCAGCUGGUUUCUGAGCAGUUUCAUCCCCUUCCUCGUCAGCGCAUCUUUGCUUGUGCUCAUUCUCAAGGUGGGAGAUAUCCUGCCCUACAGUGACCCGGCCGUGGUCUUCCUCUUCUUGGCCACUUUUGCGGUGGCAACCAUUGCCCAGUGUUUCCUCAUCAGCACCUUGUUCUCCCGGGCCAACCUGGCUUCUGCCUGUGGUGGCAUCAUCUACUUCUCGUUCUACCUGCCCUACGUUCUGUGUGUGGCCUGGCGUGACCACAUCACCUUCCCCCUGCGUCUCCUAGUGAGCCUCCUGUCUCCUGUUUCGUUUGGCUUCGGCUGUGAGUAUUUCUCCCUCUACGAGGAGCAGGGGGUGGGCAUACAGUGGCACAACCUGAACACCAGCCCUGUGGAGGGAGACCGUUACACGUUUGCCACUUCCAUCGGAUUGCUUCUCCUGGACGCCUUCCUCUACGGACUGGCCACGUGGUACAUCGAAGGGGUGUUCCCAGGCCAAUACGGGAUUCCUAAGCCCUGGAAUUUUCCUGUCCUGAAGAGUUACUGGUUUGGGGAAUCCUCCACUGAUGGUUCCCCUCACCCCAUUCCUACAAAUCCUCUCAGCUCAGCGGAAGUAAUUGUGGAAGAUCCCCCAGCCCACUUGAAGGUGGGCGUCUCCAUCCGCAAUCUGGUGAAGAUCUAUCACAGCAGCAGCAAAAUUGCCGUCAAUGGGCUGAGCCUCGACUUCUACGAGGGUCAGAUCACAUCCUUUUUAGGACAUAACGGUGCCGGCAAGACCACCACCAUGUCCAUUUUGACCGGCCUCCUGCCCCCCAGCUCGGGGACGGCCUAUGUCCUGGGGAGGGACAUCUGCUCAGAAAUGGACACCAUCCGGAAGACAAUGGGGAUGUGUCCUCAACACAAUGUUCUCUUUGACAUCCUGACCGUGGAAGAGCACAUCUGGUUUUAUGGACGACUGAAGGGCCUCUCUGGCCAACAGGUCCAGGAUGAGAUGGAGCAGAUAAUACAGGAUGUGGGGCUACCCCAUAAGCGGCGGGAUCAGACCAAGAAUCUGUCAGGCGGGAUGCAACGCAAGCUCUCCGUGGCCAUUGCCUUUGUGGGGGGCUCCAAGGUGGUGAUUCUGGAUGAGCCCACGGCUGGCGUUGACCCCUACUCUCGCCGAGGCAUCUGGGAAUUGCUACUGAAGUACCGCACAGGCCGGACGGUCAUCUUGUCGACCCACUACAUGGAGGAGGCAGACCUGCUCGGUGACCGCGUGGCCAUCAUCUCUCAGGGCCGGCUCUGCUGCUGCGGCUCGUCGCUCUUCCUCAAGACCAAACUGGGCACCGGCUACUACCUCACCUUGGUGAAGCGGGAAGCGUGGAAGGUCCACAACUCGGCAGGGCCCGCCAACCAUGUCGUGACCACCAACAGAAAGGCUGAUAGCGAUUCAGAAAGGAGCUGUGACACGGGUCUCGGGAGUGAACAGAACAGUGAGGCCAACGUCGCCGACGUGCCCCAGCUAACAGACGUGAUCCAGAAGCUGGUCCCUGGUUCUCGACUGGUGGAGGAUAUCGGUCAAGAAGUUCUCUACGUCCUGCCGUACAGCGGAGCAAAAGAUGGCACCUUUGGGGAUCUAUUCCAAGAGUUAGAUGCCCGUCUGGCUGAAUUUGGCAUCUCCGGAUACGGCAUUUCCGACACCAGCUUGGAAGAGAUUUUCUUGAAGGUGGCUGAGGACACUUGUGUGGAUGCAGCAGGGGAUGCAGAGCUGCCCCAGCAGGGCCUGAAGAUGUCCACGCCAGCUUCUGCUUGCACUCUCAGGACGCUGAGUGAGGAUACGGAGAUGGCUGAUGCCGAGAUGGAUGAAGCAAAGGAGACUGAUCUCUUGCGGGGCAUGGGGGCCCAGACGUCUUGCCGCUUGACAGGCUGGGCGUUGACUUACCAGCAGCUCCGCGCCCUCUUCACCAAGAGACGCCUGUAUGCCCAGCGUAGCACCAGAGGCCUCUUCGCGCAAAUUGUGCUUCCUGCUGUCUUUGUCUGCAUUGCCCUCUUCUUCAGCCUGAUUGUCCCGCCCUUUGGCAAAUACCCACCCUUGCGCCUCGAGCCCUGGAUGUACGGGCCUCAGUUCACCUUUUUCAGCGACGACUCACCAGGGGAUGUCGAUUCUGCCCGGCUGUUGCAAGCUCUUCUCGAUGAUCCUGGCUUUGGGACCAAAUGCAUGAGGGAGGAUGUGGGCCGGAAGGAUCCGUGCCCGCUGCCUGCUUCCCAUGAGCAAGGCUUCGACAUCCCAGAAGUGCCCCCGUCUCUGGUGGAGUUUUUCAAGAACGGCAACUGGACUUCGGCCGAUCCGUCCCCGGACUGUGUGUGCAGUUCCCAGUUGUCCCGGAAGAUGCUUCCUGAUUGUCCUGAAGCGGCGGGGGGGCUGCCCCCUCCUCAGAUGCAGAGGAACACCGGCGACAUCCUUCACAACCUCACGGGCAGGAACGUCUCUGACUACCUAGUGAAAACCUACCCGAAAGUCAUCCGCAAAGGGUUAAGAAACAAGAAAUGGGUCAAUGAACAGUGGUAUGGUGGUUUCUCUCUGGGUGCCCGAAGUUCACAGGCCCUGCCCUUGCCUGAGGAGGUGGCCGCUAUCGUGAAGGAGAUUCGCAGCAUACUUGUCAUUGCCAAGGGGAGUUCACUGGACAGGCUGCUGAAUAACCUAACGAGUUUUGUUGAUGGAUUGGAAACGCGUCAAAAUGUGAAGGUCUGGUUCAACAACAAGGGUUGGCAUGCGAUGGUGUCUUUUGUGAAUGUGGUGAACAAUGGGCUUCUACGAUCCAGCUUGCCGGCUGGCACGGAUCCCUCACGCUACGGCAUCACCGCUAUCAACCAUCCUCUCAACCUGACUAAAGAGCAGCUCUCGGAGGCAGCCCUGAUGGCCACUUCGGUGGACGUGCUGGUCUCCAUCUGUGUAAUGUUUGCGUUGUCCUUUGUCCCCGCAAGCUUUGUCCUCUUCCUGAUUGAGGAGCGCGUCAGCAAAUCCAAGCACCUCCAGAUUGUCAGCGGCAUGAAACCAGCUGUCUAUUGGCUGGGCAACUUUGCCUGGGAUAUGUGCAACUACUUUGUCCCGGCAUUUUUGGUGGUGUUGAUUUUCUUGUGUUUCCAACAAAAAUCGUACGUGUCCUCCGCCAACCUCCCCUCUCUGAUUCUGCUGCUGCUUCUUUAUGGCUGGUCCAUCACCCCACUGAUGUACCCAGCCUCCUUCCUCUUUAGCGUCCCCAGCACGGCCUAUGUGGCGCUGACGUGCGUCAACCUUUUUAUCGGCAUCAACGGAAGCGUGGCUACCUUUGUCCUUGAACUCUUCACUGACCAGAACUUGAACGAGGUCAACAUCAUCCUUAAAAAGGCUUUCCUCAUAUUCCCUCACUUCUGCCUGGGCCGCGGGCUGAUAGACAUGGUCAAGAACCAGGCCAUGGCAGACGCCUUCGAACGGUUUGGCGAACGACCAUUUGUUUCUCCGCUAAGCUGGGACCUGGCUGGGAAGAACAUGUUUGCGAUGGCCGUGGAAGGCAUUAUCUUUUUCUCCUUCACCCUCCUGGUGCAAUACAAGUUCUUCAUCCACCUUCGGCCCUUUCAUGUCAACCUUGGCUCGUUAGGAGAGGAGGAUGAGGAUGUAGCCAAAGAAAGGAAGAGGGUUAGCAAUGGAUUGCCAGGGCGGGACAUCCUGGUGCUGCAAGACCUGACCAAGGUCUACCGGAUGACCAAGAAGCCAGCGGUUGAUCGCCUGUGUGUGGGAGUCCCUGCAGGAGAGUGUUUCGGCCUCCUGGGCGUGAACGGUGCUGGGAAAACAUCAACGUUCAAAAUGCUGACAGGAGAUUCGGAGGUGACUUCGGGAAAAGCCUUUCUAAAAGGCUACAGCGUGCUCAGCGACCUGCAAGCCGUCCACCAGAACAUGGGCUACUGCCCCCAGUUUGACGCCAUCAAUAAUCUGCUGACAGCCCGUGAACACCUGGCCUUCUAUUGCCGCCUGCGUGGGCUUCCGGAGAAUGAGAUUCCUGGGGUGGUUAAGUGGAGUUUGUCGACGCUUGGCCUGGUGCAAUACGCAGACAGGCCUGCUGGCCGCUACAGCGGUGGCAACAAACGGAAGUUGUCCACAGCCAUCGCGCUCAUCGGAGCCCCGCCUGUCGUCUUCUUGGAUGAGCCGACGACAGGGAUGGAUCCUCGGGCAAAGCGGUUCCUGUGGAACUGCAUCCUCUGUGUGAUGAAGGACGGCAGGUCCGUGGUGCUCACGUCCCACAGCAUGGAAGAGUGUGAGGCGCUGUGCACCAGACUGGCCAUCAUGGUGAACGGACGCUUCCAGUGCCUUGGGAGCGUGCAGCAUUUGAAGAACAAGUUUGGAGACGGGUACACCAUUGUCCUCCGGGUGUCUGGGAGCAACCCAGAGUUGGGUCCCGUGGAGAAAUUCAUCCGAGACUCCUUCCCCAGCAUUGUCCUUAAGGAGAAACACCACGGCACUCUUCAGUACCAGCUUCCCUCUUGCAAUGUCUCCCUAGCCAAGAUCUUCAGCAUCCUCUCGGCGCACCGGAGCAACUACCACAUCGAAGACUACUCCGUGUCGCAAACCACCCUGGACCAGGUGUUUGUUCACUUUGCCAAAGACCAAAGCAAUGAGGAUCAGCCCGGCGACGCGUCCCUCGUGGAGGGUCCGGAGGGCGCCCGUAGCCGCUGGAGGAGGAUCAUUGGGCUCUUGGACAAUCAGAACAUGCAAGAGAGCAGAGUGUAAAAGAGCCGAU